AUGGUGGGAGAAGAAUUGUGUCCACUUAAAGAACUGGGAAGUAAGAGGGAUACUGUAUAUUUACGAGAAUGGAGGUAUGGUCAACUAAAACAUUUUGUAGGUAGUCUCCCAAUGCCAUUAAGAAAAAAAGAAGACUGGAACCCCUUUGAGCACGUAUUAGAUACAAGAGGAGAUGGGAAGCAUGGGAUCACUAAAAUAUAUAAAAUUCUCACAGGGGCUACAAGGCAACUAUUUUUAGAGAAGUGGGAAAUGGAUUUAGAAGUAAUAAUUGAUGAGAGAAAACAAAAGAAAAUAUAUAGUUUAAUUCACGGGAAUGUAAAUAUGAAGGAAACGGAAAUGAAUUAUAAGUGUUUAGUAAGAUGGUAUAUUACACCGAAUGUAGUACACAAGAUAAGUGGAGAUAACUCACCUUUAUGUUGGCGGGGAUGUGGAGAGAGAGGUACAAUGAUACACUUAUGG